UUGACAAACUCUUGCUGCCGCACCUCAGCCGUAAAAAUCUCCUCAGGAGGCCAACCAAAACCGCAGUCGCUGCCCCAAUCCGAGCCCUCCUCCAGCACAACUCAAAACCCUAGCCACCGCCGUCCCAAACUGAGCCCUCCUCCAGCACAACCGCAAGGUGCAGCUCUUCGGCGAGACUCCCUGCGCGUGGUCAUCACCUCAGGAAAAAGUGGCAAGACCACCACCACCGCCAACAUCAGCCUCUCCCUCGCGCGCCUCGGCUUCUUUGUCGUCGCCAUUGACCCAAACGUCGGCCUCCGCAACUUCGGCCUGCUCAUCAGCCUCGAGAACCGCAUUAGAUACACAGUCGUCGAGGAGGAUUCGUGCUUCUCUUCUUCAAUUUCCCCAAUUUCGGCUCCACCACGCGAUGGCGGCGGCAGCGACGAAUUCGUUCGGCCGUAA